AUGACGUCUGCCUGGUCGGCGUUGACGAAGCCGACCUCCUUCCCUCUCCGCGUUCGGACCUUUGCGGCCUUUCCGGCGCCGCGCUUGUUCGACUACGACACCGUCACGUCCCAUUUGUCCGUGGCGGACGCGAUUGACGCAGUAGAGUCCGCCUUUGGCGCCCUCGCCAAGGGACAAGUCGACGUCCCCAUGCCCAUGCACAUUGGCGUGGCCGAAACACCCACCGCCGGUCCGGGCGAUUGUCACAUCAAGGGCGGCUACGUCCUCGGCGCCCCCACCUUUACCGUCAAACUAGCCUGCGUCAGCUUCUACAAGAAUCUGGAACAGGGAUUGCCCGCCGGUUCGGGUUUGUUCUGCGUCGUCGACGCCGUCACCGGAGCUCCGCUUGCCGUCCUCCAGGAAAAUCGCUACAUGACGGAUCUCCGGACCGGCGCCGCCGGGGCCGUCGCGCUCAAACACACUACACUACCCGGACAAGAACUCCGGAUUGGUUUCAUUGGUGCCGGAGCGAUUGCUAGGACUAUGGCUCGGGCGAGUAAGGCCGUCCGACCCCAUUUUACCGGGAUGGUAUACGGACUCGCCGGCGCCGACGACUUUGCUAACGACAUGCACGACGAACUCGGACUCGACUUUACCGUGGCGGCCUCCGCUCGGGAAUUGUGCGAAUCCUGCAACGUCAUUUACACGCAGACACCGGGAAGUGACACCGUCCUCGAGUUGGACUGGUUGCAACCCGGGACCACCAUUAUUGCGUCCGGUAGUGACCAACCGACCAAACAGGAAAUUCCCAACGACGUACUCAAGGCCUCCAAGUAUAUUGCCGAUCUCAUCAAGCAAACUUCUAAAGUUGGGGAACUUCGCGGUGCUCUGCAGGCCGGUGUCAUGACGGAAGCCGACGUACACGCCGAAUUGGGACAAGUCGUCAACGGUGACAAGUCCGGACGGGAAGGGGACGAACUCAUCGUGGUGGAUUUGACCGGUACCGGUGCCCAGGAUGCCGCCAUUGGACAAGUCGCCUGGGACAAACUUCGCAACCUUUAAGAGCACAAAAGACAACAACGGAAUCGUCCUUGACGCCCCCCACGGAUGCUCCUUUGGUUUGACAAGAAUAUAACGUCGAAUCGCGUGGAGCUCUACGGGGAAAGGUAGACGCCGGGCGAGCACGUCGGGGACCAUGCCAGCGCCGACGCACGUGUAAUUCUAACACACCAGCCCUUAAUGCUUU